UCCUGCAGAGCUCCCUCCCGGGCUGUCCCCUGCCCUGCACCCCAGGACAUCCAUUCCCUGUGGGGUCCCUCCUCCUUGCCUGGAAGGUUCCAGGCUGCUUUUGGGGCUCUCUCCAGCCGGGACCCCACCAUGGAAGUGGAUCCCCGUUUCCUGCACCUGCACCAGCCCAUCCGUGACCUCACCAAGAACUGGGAGGUGGAUGUGGCCACCCAGCUCGGGGAGUACCUGGAGGAGCUGGAUCAGAUCUGCAUUUCCUUUGACAACGGGAAAACCACCAUGAACUUCAUGGAGGCAGCGCUGCUGAUCCAGGGAUCUGCCUGCAUCUACAGCAGGAAGGUGAGGACACAGGGAGCUCUGUCCCACCUCGCUGUCCCUUCCCAGGCCGUGAACAUCGUUCCCCUGACCCCGAUGUCCCUGGAGGCCCCGGAAGAGGGGGAGAAGGAGGAGGACCCCCUGAUGAGCCGGCAGGGUGAGGUGCUGGCGGGCCGCAAGGAUUUCCGGAUGAACGUCUCCAUCCAGCACGCCUCUGGCACCUUCCUGCAGGACCUGGCCGGGCAGGAGCAGCACCUGGGCACGGCCACAGCAGCUCCGGGGUCCCGCCCUGCAGAGUGUCCCAACGCUGGCUCCACCGCGGCCGUGGUGAGGGCACUGAGCUUCUGCGAGGAGGCAGGAGAAACUCCUGGGGGGAUUCCUUGGCAGACAGGGUGGGAAUGGGGGGUCCUGGAAGCUUCUCCACCCAUUCCCACCCCUCCAGGUGCUGCAGGAGCUGACGAUGAUGACGUUCCUGAGGCCCUGGGGGAUGACAUGGAAGUGACUCCGGUCCCUAAGGAACACAUCGAGGCCCAGAGGAGCACGCCCCGGACCCGGGGGUACAUCCUGCGGGAGAGACCCCCCAGCCAGGACCCCAAACCCCACAGCAAGGAGGAGCCAAAUCCGUGGCAGAGCCUCGACCCCUUUGGAGACUCCGAGGAGAAGCCUUUUAGGAGAGGGAGGCCCUUCCUGGUGCCACACGGCCUGGAUGACAUCGUUGGGGGCAAGAGGAAGAGGAGGGGCCCGAGGAAGCUGCAGGAUUUCAUGAGAUGGUUCUCUGCAGCCUACAACAACGUCACGGAGGGGAAAAGCAGGAGGAGGGGCCCCACGUUCGCAGACCUGGAGGUGCUGUACUGGCGCCACUUCAAGGAGCGGAUGGCGGCGCACAGGAAGCUCCACAGCUCGAGGGAGCCGCGGUGGGAGCCGGAGCAGGAGCAGGAGCAGGAGCAGGAGUGUGAGGCCGACAGCGAGGAAGGGGCAGAUGACGAUUUUGUGGAGAACGAGGACGUGGAGCCCGAGGCGCCGGAGGAGCUGGGGGGAGGAUCCCUGGACCCCCCCGAACCCGGAUACGAGGAGCUGGUGCGCAGGAACGUGGAGCUGUUCAUGGCCAGCUCCCAGAAGUUCGUGCAGGAGACGGAGCUGUCCCGGCGUAUCCGGCACUGGCAGGAGCACGUGGAGCCACUGCUGCAGGAGCAGGAGAUCCGUGCCUCCUUCGAUGUCCGAGCCUAUGGGAUGGCCCUGACCGAGCGCUGUGCCGAGCAGGGCCAGUGGCACUCGCUGGCCAGCCUGGUGGCCGGGCAGCCCCCGUUCGAGGUGUGCCGCUACCUGCUGGCCUCGCUGCAGCUGGCCAACGACGCGGAGGUGGAGCUGGCGCAGGACGCGGGGCUGGAGGAGGCGCUGGACACGGUGCGGCUGCGGCGCCUCUCGGCCCGCCCGGCACACGAGAGGUUCCAGAACCUCCAGCUGCCCUCCCAGAGCAACCCCGGCCCCCAAUAA